UCUUUUUGUUUGACUCUCUGUCCCUGUUCAGCAGUUUAUGGGUGUUCUUCUUCUAGCACUUCGGUACCUUCUCUUUUUCUCGUUAUGUUUUAUUAAGAUUUUCUGAAUUCAGCGUCUUCUUCAUUCCAACCUUGGGUCGGCGAGCGUUAGGUCCAUAGCUACCGCCUCACUUCUUAUUAAACGAAGAUGGUCGACCAGGAAGUUCGUCCUCCAACUCCUCCAAGGGCAUCCUCCUCGGCAAUUGGAGAUGCCUCACAGUCAGCAGAUGACUCGAUCCCAAUCGUGGCCCCUACCACCGCAUUCUCGCCCUCAGAUGCGUCUCCGCUACCUCUCUCCAGCUCCCGGUCAAAACGAGUCAAUUUCUCGCCCAUGGCUAGCUAUAUCAAACCUCCGGAGUUCACAGAUCACAGUAUGAAGCAACCCGUGCGGUUACGGUCUCUGCCGCCUUCCUCGAACCAAAGUGUGCCAGCCAAGUCCAUUCUUAAAUCACGGACAGUGAUACCAGACAAUAUACCGUCGGAUGAGCUUAGGUCUAGUCCAUCAACCGACUUGUCGGGAAUGCUUAGCUCUAUUAUCGAGCAGCUUUCGGGGAGCUCUCAUGUUCUACGGAGAGAUGCUUACUCUCAGCUCGUUGGCAGCCUUUCUGCCUACUGCGACCAACCCGAUUCAAACUCGAUUAUUGACAACAUAGAUCUUUUCGUUGGCUGGAUAAAACGAGAUAUCAACACCACUCCUUCCUCUCAUGACGACUCAGAUUACUCGCUGCCGCAUCAGGCUCUUAAUCUAUUGAAUAUGCUUGUCUUCAAGCCGGAAACCUCCCCUCGGAUUCCAGACGACUUCAAAGCUUACAUUCUCGACCGUGCCAUUUCCUCGAUCCAGCAUAAUUCAACUCCCAAAAAUAUCGUUAUCGACUAUAUGAGACUUCUCAGCAUUCAGAACUUCUCCCCAAAGAUCCUUACUAGCUCCAGGGCUACCAAGCUGCUAGAAACUAUCAGCAGCGGACCGGACCGUGUCGGAGGAAAGGCAGUAACUGCUCUACGACUAAAUAUCUACGAUCGAUUGUUCUCCCAAGCCCGUUCCAUCUUCAUAUCUCAUGCGAACUUCUGGAUGGAUAAUCUCAUUGCUGGUCUUCUGCACAAGGUCAAGGACGUCAGGUUAAAGGCUCUCCAGUUAGGCUUCCGGAUAACUGACUCCUUGGGCCCGUCCACCCCUGUGUUCAAGGCAAUCGACGAGGUCCUGAAUCUUCCCACAGAUAAAGGAAAAGACACAAAGUUUGUGAAUGACUUUUGCGAUCGUUUGACUAGUAUGAUCGCAAACCGGGAAACAAGUCUCCAUGUACCACAAAUCUGGAGCGUUGUCACCCUUCUUCUUCGUAGCCCUCGAUGGCAGGUAGAAAAGUGGUCCCAUUUCAAAGCUUGGAUGCUGGUCAUCCAGAAAUGCUUCAACUGCAGUGAUCUUACUACCAACUCACAGGCGCUUCUUGCAUGGAACAGAUUAGUCUAUGUAGUGCAGUCUUCUGAGAACAACAGGGGCAUGGCGAAAUUCCUGUUCAAGCCUAUUGACUCCCAACUGGAGAGAAGAAAGACUUCCAAACGGGGAGCUCACACCGACCACGCCUUUUCGAGCUACUGCAACCUUCUUUACUACUCCUUCAAACCCGGGACGCCAUUUGAGCGCUUGGACUUGCAUUGGACGGAGUACAUGGUAGCGCCAACUUCAAAGGUCUUAAAGUGGAGCUCCGGAAAUGCCUUGGGACUUUGCAGCAUAUUAGCCAUGUUACUAUGGGAUUCCCCAAAAAUCUGGGACGAGAAAAAGGCUCUUGAAGCAAUUAAAGUUGGUCCGGAAGACCUCCCUCGACUGGACUGCAAGUGGGUCCGUUCUAGGAUAUCAAAGAUAUUGCCUGUGUUUGAGACCCUCUUUGACCUCCUCAGUGAACAAAGUACCUCGAUAGAAGAUUCUACGGUUGGCUUAGCCUGGGUUCAUCUCUCUCGAAGUCUUGCAGAUGCAUCUAGUAAGGAAAUCCAGCCCUCGACUGAGACAAUGGAGGCUGUUGGUUCCAUCCUUGAGAGCCUUCAGCGAAUCUGGAAAAAAACCGGAAUACCUGCUGUUUCUAGAGCCAAAGAUGGGAACAGUAUUUUCUUCAACCAAUUCCUCUUCUUCGUCCAAACAGCCGUACAUAGCCUUGGGUCAGUUGCUUUUACCGAAAAGAUGCUUCUGAAGACUUCGACGGAAACAUUCAGUAUAGCUCAAACCCCUACCCAUCGCCGCCCCCACCCAAACGGCGUCAUCAGAACUCCCAUCUCACACCUUCUUCAAUAUGUAUGUCUAUCUACAUACCCAGUCUCUAUUCCACGCUAUAAAUCAUUACUACACGGUAUCAUUGAAACUGGAAUACAAAGCCGGACCUCUAGAAGCUCCCGCUUGGAAGCCCUACGCCAGUUUACAGAGUCAUUGCUUGGGCCCACGAGUGAGGCCUUCGAACUAAACUAUGACUCCGUUGAAGAGGUCUGGAAGUGCAUUUCGGCUUGCACCAAAGAAACCCUCGCAAAUUCAACCCCUGAUACCAAUGUAAUGGGCAAAGACGAAACGUCAGCCCGUGACUAUGACAAAGUUCUAGCCAUCCUCGAGCGUGGAACCAGAUAUAAUAUCAAGAGUUUGGAGUGGUCCUCCCUGUUUCGGUCACUGGCGGCCGUAGUCCGCAAUGAAAAGGGUGAUGCUCAGGUGUCCCAUUUCAUUGACUCGUUUGUUAGCCAUUUAAUUAGGAACGGUAUAUCGAUAGGUUUCGGUGAAAUGGGCUUAUUCAUGGAGGCAAUCUUUUUUCCUCGAGAGCCAGCUACACAAGCACAGUCAAUCAAUUUACCCACCAUGAUCAAAACAAGCCCAAAAACUCAACCAUUCUGUGAGAACAUUGUCUCCCUGACCAACGAUAUCCUCUUGCACCUAUACCACUCCCAUGAUUGGGAGUGCACCCCUGAUAUGCUCACUUUUCUUGAUGCUGUCUCACAAUGGCUUGAGCGAUGCCCAGAAUAUUACCGUAUCACCUUGCUUGAGAGACUGCAAACUGGCAUUCUCCCGUGGUUAUCAGAUCCCAGCGAAAAACUGACCGCAGAGUCCGGUAUUGACAAGUCUAUAUUGAAUUCAGCUCGGACUAUGACCUCGGUCACUAUUUGCAACAUCACAUCUCUCCGCAAUACCAAUAGCGAGACCCUAGAGCAACUGGCCUCAUUGAUGACGGCUGGCUUCGAGUCUCGCCACAAAUCUAUUGUGAACAAAUUCAUCUCCAUGUGGAAUGCAUCCUUCGCCCUAGAAAGGAGUUUAUCCUACCCAGUAUCGCUAGAGUCGAUCCUGCGAAGACUUAAGCCAUACGUUGAGAUACAGCUACCAGGUUUCCCAGAACGUACUGAAACAAAGUCUAUCUCUCCACCACCGGAAUAUCUCAGUUCGCAGGAUGAUGUGGUCACUCCAAAACCGGGUCAAAAACCAAAGAAAGAUGGCCGCAAACGCUCAAGCUCUACCCCGGAUAGCAACACGCAAAGCCGUAAGAGGAAAUCUGAGCAGAAACAUGACACCACUACCCCCAAACGACCUCGACAUGACGAUUCACAAAUUCAAUUCGUGACUGUUGAGCCAGAGGGUGAGAUAGGCGGGCCAUUAGAAUCCCAGUUUAUGACCGAAAACCAGAAAGCUGUCAGAGAAAGGCAGCGAAAAGAUGCAGCUAUAAUGUUUCCAGAGAUGCACUCAUCACGACCGUCAUCUAGGUGCAAAACUCUUGAUCCACUUGACAGCAAUCUACCCACUCCUACCAUUCCACCAGAAGCACCAAAUGUUGUUGAAGAUGUCCAGUCUUCUCCAACGCCAGCCAGCAGGAGUCCACGCACACCAUAUACCAAUAUAGAUUUAACUUCAUUCCCGUCGAAUGUUGAAUGGAGCUUUUCUACGAAUGGUGACCCACCUUCAUCUCCACCACAGACAGUGCCUUCAUCGCAAGGAGAGCCCGCCGCACCCGAACUGAGUUGUACGAAGCCCCAGGAGGCUCAAAGCGCCCUUAGGAAAGAGCCCUCCCAACUUACAAACAGUAAUGAGGAUGAAGAUGCGGACUCCACACCCAGGCCGAACUCGAGAUCAAAAUACACAGUACAAGCCGAUCCCGGCAAGGAAGAUGAAUUGGUCCCUGAUUUAUUCAAUGACCCACUACAGGAGCAAAUUGCCUCGCAGCUGGAGCAAGAUCUUGAAUUGUCAAUGGACCUAAGCGUUCCUGAAGAUAAGCCAUCGAAGACUAAGAAGAAACUAGGAAGCCGAAGGAGGAAAAGAAAUGACAACAGCUCCAACUCAGAGCCAGUGCGGAUGCCUAUUAUUGAAGUAGCUAUUGAAGCAAAGUUACCUGAGCCGGUUCAGGCUGUUUCUGACACCACGUCGUUGACUACGAAGAAACCAUCCGGAAGUCAAAGGCGGUCCGGAAGGAAGAGAUCCAGCCCCAGUAUGGAGGAAGAAACCAGUCAAGAGACUCAAGAAUGUGCUGAAAGUUCUCAGCCAGCACCGAAGAGGAGAAGGUCACUCCGCCUUCGCGGACGGACAACAGAUGAUAAAGAGAUCGAGGCCAGGAGCGAUGACAUCGUGGAGCCCGAGCGGGAAAGAGGCGAAGCUGCAGCAUCUCUGCCUGGACAGACGACAGAAGCUAAAGGUAAUGUGGAUGCUGAAGGUGCCCAGGUAGAGGCCGAACGGUCCGAUACUCCUCCGCCUCCUGAAUCCCAAGCACGAGAACAGGUAUCUCCAGGGUCAUCAAUACUCCAAUCACUCAAGGCCAUCCUUGGCUCACUGAGGAAUGUCUCCUUUGGAAGGUCAACCCUCCGCGAGCUGGAUGACGUGAUGUUUGACAUAAAGAUGGAGGCCCACAAUGCGUUCAAAAGAAGCGAGUGA